AUGAACAAAGUUUUGAAAUCUCAUAAACACAACAUCUCCGAUAUAAAUGAACUUCAAGCUACAUUAAAUAGUAAAGCUGACAAGAACCAUACACAUGAAUCCUUCACUACUGUUAGAGCAGACGACAUAAUAUUGAACUAUACCCUUGGUUCAAGUGCACCUUUAGAGAAUCCAAGUACAAGCGUAAAAGAUACACUAAACAAUUUAGAUAACAGAUGUAUGAACAUUGAAGGUCAUGCCAGAAACUUUGAAACACAUGAACUACCAGCAAUGUUAGAUAAGAAAGCUGACAAAACUUAUGUAGAUGAAAAUUAUGCAAAGAAGUCGGAAGUAAAUGCUGCGCUUAAUGGAAAAGCCGACAAGAACCAUACACAUGAAGAAUUUCAAACAAUCAGGAUUAAAGAAAUUAAGGCAUGCAUUGAAGAAGUAACAAAAACAGGAAGAAACGGUGCAACUGUACAUGAACAAAGAAUUUAUCCUCCUACUUUUCCUAAUGGUUUAAUAACAAACAAUAUAAAUAUUGUAGAUGGCAAAAGAUUUAUAAAUGUUAAACAUGAACUUCUAACAAUGAAGACUGAAAUACUUCAAACAUUAUAUCCUGUUGGUUCUAUUUAUACGUCAAUGAACUCAACAAAUCCAGCAAGUGUUUUAGGUUUUGGUACAUGGCAGCAGAUUGUAGACAAAUUCUUAUACUGUGCUAACUCUUCAAAGCAAACAGGAG